AUGUCUUCCUACCAUUACCCCGAGCGUUCCUCGCUCAUACGAUACGUCAUGAGCCAUCUGAUUGUCCGCCAGCUGCAAUCCGUCUUAAAGUCAGAGGGCCUCCCUACCAGUGGGCUAAAAGCUCCAUUGCAAAAGCGCCUCACAGCUCGUAUGGAACUCCCUAGCACUACUACGCAACCGUCCGGUCCGCUGACUAUACUAUGUAGACAUCGAGGACUUGAUAAGCAAGGGCGAUACUUCGGGCCUUGAGCGGGUUAAGAACCUCAUCUAUCGUCCCGAGUCUCCCGCGCCCUCCCGGAAUUCCACGGCGAACUAUAACCAACACGGCGGCUACAUAUCUCCAGCUCCUCCCAUGGCCCAGACGCCACCAUACUCUGCUCCUGGCUAUGGGUCUUCAAGCACGGGUUGCGCCCCCCUAUCCCGAAUUUUUGACUGGUGAUCCCCGCUGACCUUAUUAUCCAUAGCCUUGAGUCGAAUUCACUUCAAGGAGAGUCCAUUCUACCAGGUGCUUGUAGGGUUAACUCCUCUUGAGACAUGCCCUAGUAUGGACCCCCACUUUCUCUUUGUGGUCUGUCGCUAUUCCUAACUCUGGGCUAAACAGUCAUGACCGCGAAUCGCCACUCAGUUCAUGCCUCUGUGGUACUAUCAGCGCCGCAAGUCCAACAAAUUAGCACAGAUAAAUCCUAUCGCUGCAUGGUCUACUGCGCUGCCGUCGACGGGAUCACUGCCUAUACCAAGGAUACGGAUAUUGCAUUUCCUCACCAGGUUGAACUUCGUGUCAAUGACGCCCAGGUAUCUGGAUUGAACCUUCGCGGUUUGAAGAAUAGGCCUGGGUCAACACGACCGGCGGACAUUACGGACCACCUCACCAAGAAGCCGGGGCAUAGGGACCAAGUUACACUCACAUAUGCUCUAACCCAAAAGGUCAGCCUUCCAUUCCACCGAUAUAUGUUCCGGGUCGGGUCUAAUGCAUCUCUAGAAGUUUGCGUUUGUGGUUAAUUACGUGAAGACGGAUUCUGUCGAGCAGCUUGUUGAGCGUCUAAGAAGUGGCUCUUCCAUUACCAAAGAAACUGUUAUUGCCGAUAGUAGGUUUCAUCUACCUUGGUGCUUGGGUGAUAUCAAUAUCGUUACUAAAAUCACUCAGUGAUCAGGAAGAAUGAAGACUCGGAUCUAGUCGCUACCUCUAGUAACAUGUCCCUCAAGUGUCCCCUGUCCACCCUCCGUAUCGAUCUGCCUAUCAGGUCUACUUUUUGCAACCAUAUGCAAUGCUUUGACGCAACCUCUUUUCUCCAGCUGCAACAACAGGCCCCAGUAUGUGUCCACACGACCCCUUCAAAUUGCCCUUACUGAUUUGGGCAGACUUGGUCCUGUCCAACUUGUAGUAAGAGUAUCAGCUGGAGAGCGCUUGUCGUCGAUCAGUACGCAAAACUCCCUCCUCUUCCUUCCUUGCCUGCUUGCACUGCUAUAACUGACUGUUCAGGUAUUUCCGUGAUAUUUUGGACAAUACACCCAAAACAGUAGACUCUGUGACUAUCGACGUUGACGGGGCUUGGUCUGUGGCAGCGGAAUCAUCCGGAACCCCCAUGCCAGAUACUGAUAGCGAGGACGGGAAUGGCGGACGGGAUGAUAUUAUCGAAGUCUCAGGAAGCAGGUUGUCAAGAUUGAGGGUUGAGGCCACGCCAAUUGCACCUUCUCCCGUCGCUACAGUCUCCCGCGAAGGAUCUGCUUCGGUCCCCAGAAGUUCCGUUAGUACCAAGCGCCCGGCCUCACAGGUCAUCGACCUUACCCUGAGCGAUGAUGAGGAUGCUGUCCGCCCAGCCAAACGCAUCAGUUCGUUUCUCACACCCACUAGCAUGAGUUCGGAUGGUCGCGGCGGCGGCGGUGGUAGCGGCAGUGGUAGUAACUCAGGCAAUGGGAAUGGGGGCGCGUUUCCGACUUUCGAGUCGGCUGUGUAUAACGGAAACGGUCACUCGCCGGUAGGGACCCCCAACCCAUUUCUGACAAGCAGGUAUACCAGUUGAUGGGGAUGUGAUGAUGCGCUCUCCUAUCUGGAAAAGGUAAAAGAGAAAGAGGGCUUACUUGGUGUUUCUGUAAUACCCCAGCUACAAUUGAAGUCCGCGAUCGCGAAUUGAAAUAGGGAGGGGGGGGAAAUAGGGAAAAUAGAUCACUACGGGUGGGCGUUCACCAAAGAUAUUUACCUUGCUUUUUGUCUGAUGCGAUAUACAUUCCUUGCAGAAUCCCUUUUGCCUUUCCUCCUUUCCUUCCCUUUUCUCUUCUCUUCUUUUCACCAGGGAAACCGGCAACUUGUCUUGCUUAGCCGGUUAGCUUUUUUUUUCAUUCCUUUUUUCAUUCUUCAUUCUUCAUUUCUUUUUCAUUUUCUUUUCAUAUCCUUAUCAUAACUUCCGUUGUCCGCUCUAUUCUCCUCGGUAUCCUUUUCCGCCCCUUCCAUUAUUGGACCCCAUUUCCGUAUCAAGUAUUAUUACACAAUAGCUCUCUUGAAUAUCCUUUUCGUCUCCUCCCGUUUCCUUUUUUUUUAUCAACUAGGAGAAGUGGUGUUUUUCCGGGGCAUUCAAAGAUCUUCCUCAUUUCUGUCGAUUCUUUUUUCAUUUUUUCUAUCUCGCUUGCUCAAAUUUAUUUUUUUCCCCUUAAAUCUUCUCCCUUCACUUGCAGACUCGUGUUUUAUCCGGAGUAACGGGCCCUAUUGCGCUUUCUUUUAAUGGACAACAUUCCCCCUCUAUUCUCUUUCCAUCUUUUCUUCCUAUCAUACAAUUGUCCUCGAAUAGUUAGGUUGCGGGGAACUAGGGAUCCGGAUGUACGUAAGACGGUGCUGCUGUUUCCCCCCCUUACCCUUUCGCCAUUUUAUUUCAGGACUUCUUUUUC